CUGUAAGAUUUUUUGAUACAAGACACAUCAUUCGUAGAUUUCAUGAAAUAUUCGAACAAUUUUUCGAAAAUGUCAAAAAUUUAUCUGUCUUUUCGUUUCGCUGGUUAAUUGCUUUGCUUGUGGUAUAUUUAUUUCUGUAUGUUUUUUGGGCUUAUUACCACAUCUUAAAAAACAUGAAGAAUAUAUUCGAAGAGCAUUUUUAAAUUCGGAAUUCAUCAUUCUGAUUGGAUUUCUUUUUAUACUUCUUAUCGAGCAAUCUGAAAUGUAUUUUCAGAGCACUACUGCAGAUUUUUAUGGUCUUUUGAUUGCAGUCAUGCUCCAUGAAGUACUAUGCGCGUUUGCAUUUGGUGUCAGCAUUGCGCAGCAACGUGUUUCCUCGAAAAAAGCAGUAAUAUUUUCGGUGAUAUUUGCAGGAAGUAUUCCGUUGGGAAUGUCGUCAUCUGUUUUCAUAGGUUCCUCGGAAGCAUUGACGGCAUCACUCUUCCGAUUUAUAUUGGAAGGAUUUGCAGCUGGAGCAUUCAUUUAUGUUGCAUUUAUUGAAAUGUUGAGUUCUGAGCUAAAUCAUAGUGGGCAAAAUUCUAAAGCGGGCUUCUAUAAAGUACUGGCAGUAAUUACUGGCGUAUUCAUCUUUUUUAUUGUAAAUUCUGUUUGUCAUGAGCAUUUGCAUCCGUUCCCGCAAAAUACACCAUUGAAAACGACUGUUGGGAAAUUUCCUAUUGAUGCUUACUAA